AUGGCUUGUAAUGCAAAAUCAUCUCCUACCACUUUAGCAACCAUCUUCUUCUUCCUCCUUAUGAUAUUCCACAUCUCCAUGGCUAGACAUCAUAGCUUCCCAAUCCCAUAUGCUACUUCUUCCUCUACCUCUAGAUCACAUGGAGUUGGAGCCAUUAAGAAAAAUGUCAUGGAGCUUGGUACAAGAAGAUCAUCAUCACAUGGCGCCAGAUAUUCAAAGGCUGAUGAAUCUACAGGCGAAUCAAGUCGAAGGAGAGGGCUAGGGUUUCGGGUUCGUCCAAGGAGGCAGCCAUUCCCAUGGCAAGAAAAUAUGUUCAAUGCUCGUGCACAUGAAGUUCCAAGUGGUCCAAAUCCCAUUUCAAAUAGGUGA